CUGAGGAGGGGCAGGAUGCCGCCGGCGGUGGGCGGAGGCCCGGCAGGGUCCGAGCCGCGUCCCCGGCGGGGGCGCGCUGGGGUUGAGGGGGCCAGGGCUGUGGGCCCGGACGUGGGCGCCGAGCCUGCAGCGCGGAGCCCCAAACGGCCUGCUCGGGGCUCGCGGUGCACCGAGGCAGCCGGCCGGUGGACCCUGCUGACCCUGGUGACGCUGCUGUCCUUCGCCACCCGCUUCCACCGCCUGGACGAGCCGCGCCACAUCUGUUGGGAUGAGACUCACUUUGGAAAAAUGGGAAGCUAUUAUAUCAACCGCACCUUUUUCUUUGAUGUGCACCCACCUCUGGGAAAGAUGCUGAUAGGUCUUGCUGGCUACCUGAGUGGGUAUGAUGGUACUUUUUUGUUCCAGAAGCCUGGGGACAAAUAUGAACAUCACAACUACAUGGGAAUGAGAGGAUUCUGUGCUUUCCUUGGUUCCUUGCUGGUCCCAUUUGCCUAUCUCACUGUGUUGGAGCUGUCUAAGUCCUUCCCAGCAGCACUACUCACCGCUGCCCUCCUCACCUUUGAUACAGGAUGCCUCACUCUGUCCCAGUAUAUCCUCCUUGACCCCAUCCUGAUGUUCUUCAUCAUGGCUGCCAUGCUGAGCAUGGUCAAGUACAACUCCUGUGCCAACAGGCCCUUCUCUGCCCCCUGGUGGUUCUGGCUCAGCCUGACUGGCAUUAAUCUGGCUGGUGCUUUAGGGGUCAAGUUUGUUGGCCUCUUUAUCAUCCUGCAAGUGGGGUGGAACACCAUUUCAGACCUUUGGCACCUGUUUGGAGACCUCAGUCUUUCAGUGGUGACUGUGGGAAAGCACCUGACUGCUCGCAUACUGUGCCUCAUAGCACUGCCCCUGACUCUCUACACGGCCACUUAUGCCAUUCACUUCAUGGUGCUGAACAAAAGUGGUCCUGGCGAUGGCUUCUUCAGUUCUGCCUUCCAGGCCCGGCUUUCAGGCAACAACCUUCACAAUGCUUCCAUCCCCGAACAUCUGGCCUAUGGCUCUGUGAUCACUGUGAAGAACCUGCGGAUGGCCAUUGGCUAUCUCCACUCCCACAGGCACCUCUACCCCGAGGGCAUUGGCGCCCGCCAGCAGCAGGUCACCACCUAUUUGCACAAGGACUACAACAACCUGUGGAUUAUUAAGAAACAUAAUACAAAUGCAGAUCCCUUGGAUCCUUCAAUCCCAGUGGAGUUUGUACGACAUGGAGACAUCGUUCGGCUAGAACACAAAGAGACUUCUCGGAACCUACACAGUCACUAUCAUGAGGCCCCCCUGACCCGGAAGCACUAUCAGGUCACUGGCUAUGGCAUAAACGGGACAGGAGACUCAAAUGAUUUCUGGCGGAUUGAGGUUAUAAACAGAAAAUUUGGAAACCGGAUCAAGGUGCUGAGAAGUCGAAUUCGCCUUAUCCAUCUGGUCACAGGUUGUGUCCUGGGCUCCUCGGGAAAGGUCCUGCCCAAGUGGGGCUGGGAACAGUUGGAAGUUACUUGUACCCCAUACCUGAAGGAAACCCUCAACUCUAUCUGGAAUGUGGAAGACCAUAUCAAUCCCAAAUUGCCAAACAUCAGCUUGGAUGUGCUACAGCCCACUUUUCCUGAAAUCUUGCUGGAAUCCCACAUGGUGAUGAUCCGGGGGAACAAUGGUCUCAAACCCAAGGACAAUGAGUUCACGUCCAAACCCUGGCACUGGCCUAUCAACUAUCAGGGCCUGCGUUUCUCAGGGAUCAAUGAUACAGACUUCCGUGUGUAUCUCCUCGGCAACCCGGUGAUUUGGUGGCUGAAUCUGUUGAGCAUUGCCCUCUACCUCCUCUUGGGCAGCAUCAUUGCUGUAGCUGUGCAAAGAGGGACCCACCUGCCUGCGGAGGUUGAAGGGCUGUCCCAGGUCCUGCUGCAAGGAGGCGGUCAGCUCCUGCUCGGCUGGAUGCUCCAUUACUUCCCAUUCUUCCUGAUGGGCCGGAUCCUCUACUUCCACCACUACUUCCCAGCCAUGCUCUUCUCCAGCAUGUUGACAGGAAUUCUGUGGGAUACUCUCCUGCGGCUCUGUGCCUGGAGUCUGGCCUCUUCUUUCCUGGCCAGGGGUGUAUAUAUGGUGGGAAUCCUGAGCCUGCUCCUGGGAACUGCCUACAGCUUCUACCUCUUCCACCCUCUGGCUUAUGGGAUGGUUGGUCCCCUUGCCCAGGACCCCGGAAGUCCCAUGGCAGGACUAAGGUGGCUUGAAUCAUGGGACUUUUGAGGCUCCUGCAAGGACUCCAGCCUGAGUCCUGGAACGUUCUGGGGACAGCCAGCUGUGCAGCCAGGAUCUGGACCUCCCAGCUGUGGGCAAAGCUGCCCGAGGAGCCCGAGGAAUUCUGCUACCCGCCAGGACCAAGCUCUGCGAGCCUCCCCGGAAUUUAACCCAACACUAGGGAGACCCACAGCUCUGUCUGCAGAGAUUCCACCACUGGGAAUGGCUUGGCAACAGAGGACAACAUCUCUCAGGCCCAUUUCCCUGAGUGUGCAACCUAAGGAAGGAUGAAUGUGAGAGAGAAUGGGUGUGAGUGUGUGGGAGUGUGAGACUUCAUUUGCCCAUAUACCUGUGGACAGCUGACUGUCAAAAACUCUGAGAAAUAGACCAGGGCUACCAUAGUA